GCGCUGGCCGGGCAGCAUGGCGGCGGCGGCGGGCGCCCCUCCGCCGGGUCCGCCUCAGCCACCUCCGCCGCCGCCGCCUGAGGAGUCGUCCGACAGCGAACCCGAGGCUGAGCCGGGCUCCCCGCAGAAGCUUAUUCGUAAGGUGUCCACGUCGGGCCAGAUCCGGCAGAAGACCAUCCUCAAAGAGGGCAUGCUGACCAAACAGAACAACUCGUUCCAGCGAUCGAAGAGGAGGUACUUUAAGCUUCGAGGGCGAACACUCUACUAUGCUAAAACAGCAAAGUCGAUUAUAUUUGAUGAGGUAGACCUGACUGAUGCCAGCGUGGCAGAGUCCAGCACCAAAAAUGUCAACAACAGUUUCACGGUCAUCACUCCUUGUAGGAAGCUCAUCUUGUGUGCUGACAACAGGAAAGAAAUGGAAGAUUGGAUUGCAGCACUCAAGACUGUCCAGAACAAAGAGCAUUUUGAGCCUACCCAGUACAGCAUGGACCAUUUCUCAGGGACGCAUAACUGGUACGCUUGUUCCCACGCACGGCCAACCUACUGCAACGUGUGUCGGGAAGUUUUGUCUGGGGUCACAUCCCAUGGGCUAUCCUGUGAAGUGUGUAAGUUUAAGGCUCACAAACGGUGUGCUGUGCGUGCAACCAGUAACUGCAAGUGGACCACAUUGGCCUCGAUUGGAAAGGAUAUCAUUGAGGACGAGGAUGGGAUCGCCAUGCCUCACCAGUGGCUGGAAGGAAACCUGCCUGUGAGUGCCAAGUGUAUUGUUUGUGACAAGACAUGUGGCAGCGUAUUGCGCCUGCAGGACUGGCGCUGCCUCUGGUGCAAGGCCAUGGUUCACACAUCUUGUAAAGAGUCCUUGGUGAUGAAGUGUCCACUUGGCCUAUGCAAGGUGUCUGUCAUCCCUCCCACAGCACUCAACAGUAUUGACUCCGAUGGGUUCUGGAAGGCCACCUGUCCCCCAUCUUGCACAAGCCCCCUGCUGGUCUUUGUCAAUUCAAAAAGUGGAGACAAUCAAGGUGUGAAGUUUCUCAGAAGAUUCAAGCAGCUGCUGAACCCUGCCCAGGUUUUUGACCUCAUGAAUGGAGGACCACACCUUGGCUUACGAUUAUUUCAGAAGUUUGACACCUUCCGGAUUCUGGUUUGUGGCGGGGAUGGCAGUGUUGGCUGGGUCCUCUCUGAAAUUGACAGCCUCAACCUUCACAAACAGUGUCAGCUAGGUGUGCUGCCCCUGGGGACAGGGAAUGACCUGGCCCGCGUUCUCGGCUGGGGCUCUGCCUGUGAUGACGAUACACAGCUCCCUCAGAUCUUGGCAAAGCUGGAGAGGGCCAGCACUAAGAUGCUGGACAGGUGGAGUGUCAUGGCAUAUGAGACCAAGCUCCCUCGGCAAGCCUCCUCCUCCACGGUCACUGAGGACUUCAGUGAGGACUCAGAGGUGCAGCAAAUUCUCUUCUAUGAAGACUCAGUUGCAGCCCAUCUUUCUAAAAUCUUGACUUCGGACCAACAUUCUGUGGUGAUCUCAUCAGCCAAAGUGCUCUGUGAGACAGUGAAGGACUUUGUGGCUCGAGUGGGCAAGGCUUAUGAGAAGACGACAGAGAGCUCACAGGAGUCAGAAGUCAUGGCCAAGAAGUGCUCUGUCUUGAAAGAGAAACUGGACUCUCUCCUUAAGACCUUGGAUGAUGAAUCUCAGGCUUCAUCCUCUUUGUCCAACCCACCUCCUACCAUUGCUGAGGAGGCUGAGGACGGGGAUGGAUCAGGCAACAUCUGUAGUUCCACUGGGGACCAUUUGGUGGGCUCAGCGUGUCCCUCCAGGCCACAGAUCUUCCGACCCAGGGAGCAGCUAAUGCUGAGAGCCAACAGCCUGAAGAAAGCAAUUCGCCAGAUUAUAGAGCACACAGAAAAAGCGGUGGAUGAGCAGAAUGCCCAGACCCAGGAGCAGCAGGGUUUUGUCCUUGGCCUAUCUGAAUCUGAGAAGAAGGACUUGAAAACUGACAAUAGGGUGUGCACAUCAUCUGCCCAUAGUGAGAGCUGUGUGGUAGCCAAGGGGAGGAGUCACCGCAAAGCAUCCAGGACCCCUUGUGAAAAGCUGAUGAGCAAAGGUCUGUCACUUGGCAGCUCUGCUUCACUCCCUCCCAAUACAGGAAGCCGGGACAGCCUGCCUGCUCUGAACACCAAGAUCCUAUAUCCAAGUGUUCGGGCAGGGAUGUCUGGUUCCCUGCCAGGGGGCUCAGUCAUCAGCCGCUUGUUAAUUAAUGCUGAUCCCUUUAAUGCUGAACCUGAAAACCUAGAGUACUACACAGAGAAGUGUGUCAUGAACAACUAUUUUGGCAUUGGCUUGGACGCAAAGAUAUCUCUGGACUUUAACAACAAGCGUGAUGAACACCCAGAGAAAUGCAGGAGUCGGACUAAGAACAUGAUGUGGUACGGUGUCCUUGGGACCAAAGAGCUGCUUCACAGAACCUACAGGAACCUGGAACAAAAGGUCCUGCUGGAGUGUGAUGGGCGCCCGAUUCCCCUCCCAAGUCUUCAGGGAAUUGCUGUCCUCAACAUUCCCAGCUAUGCUGGAGGGACCAACUUCUGGGGGGGCACCAAGGAAGAUGAUACUUUUGCAGCUCCAUCAUUCGAUGAUAAGAUUCUGGAGGUGGUCGCUGUGUUCGGCAGCAUGCAGAUGGCUGUGUCUCGUGUAAUUAAGCUACAACAUCAUCGAAUUGCCCAGUGUCGCACAGUGAAGAUCUCCAUCCUGGGGGAUGAGGGCGUGCCUGUGCAGGUGGAUGGGGAAGCCUGGAUCCAGCCACCUGGGUACAUUCGGAUUGUGCACAAGAACAGGGCACAGACUCUGACCAGAGACAGGGCCUUUGAGAACACCCUCAAGUCUUGGGAAGACAAACAGAAGUGUGAGCUGCCCCGCCCACCAUCCUUUUCCCUGCACCCUGAGAUCCUGUCUGAGGAGGAAGCGACCCAGAUGGAUCAGUUUGGGCAGGCAGCGGGGAGCCUCAUUCACAGCAUUCGGGAAAUAGCACAGUCCCACAGAGACAUGGAACAGGAACUCGCACAUGCUGUCAACGCCAGCUCCAAAGCCAUGGAGCGAGUGUACGGCAAGCCCAGAGCUGCAGAGGGGUUGAACUGCAGCUUUGUUCUGGAGAUGGUGAACAACAUCAGAGCACUGCGCAGUGAGACAGAGCUGCUGCUGGCUGGGAAGAUGGCCCUGCAGUUGGAUCCCCCUCAGAAGGAACGGCUUGGGGCUGCCCUAGUUGAGAUGGACCGGCAGCUCAGGAAGCUGACAGACACUCCCUGGCUUUGCCAGCCCAUGGAGCCUGGUGAGGAAGAGUCUCUCCAACAGAAUGUGAUGCUGGAUCUUACUAAACGCAGCCGCAGUGGUAAAUUCCGCCUUGUGACCAAGUUUAAAAAGGAGAAAAACAAUAAGAACAAAGAAGUUCACAGUUACCUAGGAGCCCCUGUUCACCUCUGGGGGACAGAGGAGGUUGCUGCCUGGCUGGAGCACCUCAGUCUCUGUGAGUAUAAGGACAUCUUCACGCGGCACGACAUCCGGGGCUCUGAGCUCCUGCACCUGGAGCGGAGGGACCUCAAGGACCUUGGUGUGACCAAAGUGGGCCAUAUGAAGAGGAUCCUCUGUGGGAUCAAGGAGCUGAGCCGGAGCUCCCCUGCCGCCGAGGCCUAGCCUCUGCGUUCUCUGCCUGCAUCCUCCGCUCCUCCCGAGACUGAGGCCCAGGGAGGAAGGACACUGCCAGCACUCAGCCCCUGGCCUUUCUCAUGGUGCUAUUCCUUUUGUUAGUGACAGGAAGUCUGACGCCCGUUGGUAACAGCUUUGGAGUCUUGAACAUACCAACACAGCUACCUUUGAGAAUACUUUUCCUAGCUGCAGUCAUUUGGGGCAGACUGUGUCAGGUCCACUUGUGGCUCUCGCUAACCUGCCUGUGGGCCACAGAGAAUGUGGUGAAUGAAGCCUGACCACCCCAGCACAUGGCAUCCCUGCAGAACCUUCUUACCUGUGGCACAUGCUUGGAGUGUGCUGUGCACUCUCCUUUUCUGUGUCCUUUACUGGGUAGUAACAUCUUCUGCCUCUAUUGGCUCUCAGAAGCAGAGUUGGGUCUGGCCUCAGUGGCCCUCACCAGAAUGUUCUCUGUGCCUGCUACUCACUCUGUGGUUCUUUACAGCAGCCUUUCAAAGGCCGCCCACUGCUGUUGCCCCUUUGUUCACAAGGUUUCAUUGUUUUAAAAAACAAGCUUAUUUACUUU